AUGGUGCAAUUUGAGGACAUGUGGCUGAGAGUAGUGCAGGCACUGGAGAUAGGGGAGAGAACAGGCAGGUGUUGUGUGGCGGUGGUCCGUGUCAGCGGUCCUGCUUCCUCCAUGGUCCUGAGGAACAUGGCUGGUCUGACCCAAGCCCUACCCCCUCCUUGUACUGCCCUGCUGUGGAGGAUCAUUGACCCCCACUCCAAAGAGCUGCUGGACCGUGGCCUGGUCCUCUGGUUCCCAGGUCCCUACAGCUUCACAGGGGAAGAGUUCCAUAUUCACAGAGGUCCUGCAGUCAUCACAGCAUUCCUACAGGCCCUAGGUAAGAGACACGUGAGACCUGCUGAGGCAGGGGAGUUCACACGGAGGGCUUUCCACGUGGGGAAGCUGGGCCUGACGGAGGUGGAGGACCUGGGGGAACUGAUCCACGCUGAGAGAGAGGCCCAGGGGAGGCAGGCCCUCAGGCAGAUGGACGGGGAGCUAGGACUGAAGCUACAGACUCAAACGGGUAACAUUCAUCUGUUACAUAGCAAAGAUAGUUUUUUUCACAUUUCAGUUCUCCAGGACAGUUCAGUGCAACAUCUGCAGACAGAGAUCGAGAGACAACUAAGGGACGAGAGGAGAGGAGAAAGGCUAUGCAGUGGUGUGAAAGUGGUCAUAGCAGGAGCUAGCAAUGCUGGGAAGAGCAGCCUGCUCAACACACUCUCUCAAUCUCUCUCCCCAUCCCUCUCACUCAUUGCAGGGACCACCAGGGAUGUGGUGGAGACCACACUGGACAUUGUGGGGUUCCCUGUCCUCUUUAGUGACACUGCGGGGUUUAGAGACAGCCUAGAUAGUGUGGAGAGAGAGGGGUCUGCAGAGCCUGCCAGAGAUCACCAUGACCUGGCCUUGGCCACAGAGGGGGUACGUCUCUCCCUCACCCACCUGGGACGCAUCACAGGACGGGUCGGAGACUUCUGGGAAAUAACCAGAUAA